GUUAUAUCUCGACAAGAUCGAGCUCAUACCCACUUGUGAUCGCACAUCCCACCGCCCUUUUGAUCCUUGGAUUCUUUGUAGGCGGGAGCGAAGUGGAUGAUUGCAAGCUCGCGCUGUGGCAUCGUCGUCUAUCCACGCAUAGACAGACCAAAGCUUUGUUUUGGCUUCUUGCUUUGCUUUGAACUAAAGAUUAUCGCUGCACGGCCUUUUGAGCGACCAUUUAUCAAAGCUGCCUCUUUGUUCAGCGCUUUGCAUGGAGUGGUCCUAUCGAGAUUUGUCGCUAAAGAAGAUAAAGCCUACAGCGAUUACUUGCAGGGGACGGGAGCAAUCAUUCGUGCUUCAUUGUGAUCGAAGCAAUCAUUGGCAAUUUCCCUUUGCUUACCGAACCCACCACGGAUUGACCGCAACGGGGUACGCACUCGACGGCCGCAUAGAAGAUGGAGGACGACGAGGCGCGGUCGCAUGACGGGCCGCACGUCUUUUCUUGCCCACCGCCACCACCAGCCGCUUCCCCUCCCUAAUUCCCUCCGCGAUCGCGGGUUCCCCGCCCCGCUUCUCUCUCUCGUUUGGUCUUGCACCUGCGGUGGUAAGUCUCUUACUUUACUACCAAGGCUACCUUGAUGCCAGCUACACUCUUCGAUGUGACCCAGGAGACGGGGCAAGGCAGAUCUACUUCGGCAAUUCUUCUUCUUCUUCUUGCUGGUCUGGGGAGAAUGGUGCUGUAGUUUCUGUUGCUGGUGUAUCUUUCUUUCUUUCUCCGAUGGGCGGUAGCCACUCAAAUCAAAGCAAUUUUUUGGUGCAUUUUGCAUUUGUCAUACCGAAAGAGAUUGAAUGCGAAGUUUCUUUCUCCCUCAACAUGAAGCCAUGAACUCAUGAGAACCGAGUACACUGUCUUGUUGUGAGAGUCAUCAAUUGCUACCACUUCUGUUGCGUCAUACUAGGAAGCUAGCUGCAGUCAAGAACAAUGAAAGAACUAUGAUAGAAAUGGGAUUCAAUCAGAGUGAGAAGAUGAGAUCACUUCAGCACCGUUCCUCAAAAUCAUCCAAGGAGAACGGUCUCCCCUCGAGUGAAACCAAGAAUGCUCAUGUGUUAGAGAAGGUUGGAACCCUUAAAACCGAAAGGCUUCGAAAGCCAUGGCCUAGUAGGAAUGCGACCGGGAUCGAAGGACCAAUUAAGAACAUGUCGAAUGUACCUUAUUAUCUUCAGCGCAAAGAAAAUGGAGAUAAUAUUCAUGAGAAGGCACUGAACUUUGGAGUACUGGAUUGGGGGCUUCUCGAGAGAUGGGCAUACCACCAAAGAAGUGUCACAGAUGUGGGUGGUGGAGACUCUGCAUCUAGUAGCACCAUGUCAUCAACAUUUUCUACAUUUGGUUCUUCAAACCAAUCUUGUAGAACCAUGUCUAGUUCUCGAGGGAAGAAAUCUCCUUCAGCGUUUCAUCGUAAGAAACCACCUGUUCUGGACAGUUCAAUUAAGAUGUCUGAGAAAGAAAGCUCUGCACAUACAAAUGGCUUUUGUGGUUCAAGAAUCUCUUCUUCUUCUUCUUCUUCUAAGUUUCCUGUCCAGCAUGAGAGACAUUCCGAUAGAGAUUUUUGUUUAAUCGUUGACCACAAACUUGGUACAGAUGACAAUAAAAAUUUGGAUUCACAAGCCAUUUCAAGUGAAGUAUGCGUAGCUCUGCAUUCUGCAACUUCGCCUUCAGGAUAUAAGAUCGAUGACUCUCCUGCAACAAAAGUGGUGGAGGACCAAAACAGUAGCUUGAUGAAAGCAGAAAUGCCACAGGACUACCCUCAUAGCCUACCCAUAGCCGAUGAUAUGCUAUGGUUAUCCCUGGAUCGGAGAGAAAGAUGGGAUUAUCUUCGACAGAGUGUGGACGGUGGAUGUCUUAAUUCUGAUUCCCCGUUAACUAGUGAUGGCUGGCUGGAUGAGAGGAAUGGCAACAAUUAUUCAGGCAGUUUAGCUGAAGAUGUUGAGAUCAUCCGACAGUAUCCUCAUGUUCCGCAUUCAUGUCCUCUCCCACGGACAAUUCUGAAAGAUGAACCUGAUAUAUCCUGCACUCUUCCGUCGGAAAGUUCAGGACCAACCGAUAAAUUAUUUCCUAGAGAUCCUUGCAAGCAACUUGAAGUUAACACAAUCCAAGAAUCUAGAAAAUAUGGGGCAAAAGCUAUGGCUGUGACAGGGAAGAAAUCAUCUGACCAUCCAACUAGUGUUGGUUUAAGCCGAAUGAGCAGAAGUUGUAGUUUGAAGGAUGGUUCAUCUGAAGAACAAUUCGAGACAAGUUCUUAUCUAUAUAAUUCACAGGGAGAUCAAGCAACCAGAAAUAACAAAAGCCGGCAAAGCCCACUGAGGAGGAUACUUGAUCCUCUAUUUAAGCCAAAGAACAAUCUUCGUUUGACUGGGAUAGCUGCAGCCUUACCGGGCCGCCAUUCCUGUGAACUAAGUAGAACCGUCAAAGCAUUCCAUGGAUUGCACAAGCCAUCAAAACCAAGUGUUGAUUCUACAUGCCAGCCUAGGAGAAGCAUGAACGCUUCAAAUAGAUUGUCCAUCAAUGGCAAAGGAAUACAUCAGGAUGAAAAGCAUAUGGCAUCAGUGAAGCAAGCAUUUCUUCAACUUGCUUGGGAAAAUGGAUAUCCUUCGUUUAUAAUCUCGUCUUGCGACAGUGAGGUACUGGCAGCGACGACGACAAUGACAAGUGUCAGCAAUGAUGAUGGCCUUGAGUGCAUAUAUAAGUUAUUCUCCAUUAAAGACUCUAAGAAGAAAAGCAUGUUCUGGAGCAACCCUGUAAGUAAGGGCAAGAAGCAUCAGCUGACCUCCAAUGUUGUUGGCCAGCUGAGGGUUUCACUUUGCAAGUUGAGGAGCUACCAGUAUGACAAUUCUCAUGUCGUGAGGGAGUUUAAUCUGUUUGGUGCUGAAUCCACACCAACAUCUCACAAACCUGUUGACAAUCCAAUUAAGAGCGAGCUGGCUGCCGUCGUCGUUAAUCUACCACUGGAAAGGCCAAAAAGUACAAAUGUUGGUGAUUUGCGCUGCAGUGAAUUCAGAAGUGCUCCGAACGAAGAGAAACGUUUGCAGACCGAUCGGCAUGAUGUUGCUGUAGAUCGAUCUGGUGUAUCUGUCAUACUUCCGAGUGGUGUUCAUGGAUUGUCAACCGAUGGUGAGCCCUCACCUCUGAUAGAAAGAUGGAGAUCAGGAGGAGCUUGUGAUUGUGGUGGUUGGGAUGAGGGUUGCAAGCUAACCAUUCUUAGCGACAAGCUCCAAGAGUGCACCUCUGGUUCAUUCCAAGAUCGUCAAACUACAGACCGUACUUACAGAUUUGAGCUAUUCAUUCAGGGUGGAUCUCAAGAAAAAAGACAUGCCUUCAGCAUGGUUUCUUUCGGAGAUGGGCAGUAUGCUGUCGAUUAUCUAUCUUCCAUUUCUCUGCUUCAGGCUUUUGCAAUCUGCAUAGCAAUCCAUCAUGGCAGGAAACCUGACAAUUCUUCAGCAGAACCAAAAAGCUUCCGGGAACAUGAUGUCUGUGGUCAGUCAGGGAGAGCUCUUAGAGCGCAAGGUGAUCAUGCUAGCUAUGUACCGAAUCAUCCCCCUCUUUCUCCCGUCGGAAGAGCUUAAUCGUCUCCAUGGUACAUUAUAGCCUGGGUCGUGGUACUUCUGAAGAUGUUUCUUCCCCAAUUAGCCUGUUCAUUGUGGUAGAGGUGAAAGGAGCACUACAAAGUUGCGUCCAUAGUCUAUACAGAAAACAAU